CACUCGUUUCCAAAAAAAAAACACAUUUUCAAUUUUGAUCACAUAUAUGGCAUCUUCUUCUCAUAACAAUUUUGAGGGAGUAGAUGGUCCAAGUUUUGAUGAAUAUUUUGAUCAAUAUGUUGAUCAAUAUUUUGAUCAACAGUUUGAUCAAACAUUCGAAAAUUUGGCCAUUAACUAUGGUGAUCAAGAAUACGAAAGAAAAAAAAGAAAAAAACGAGUUCACAUCGAAAGAAAUCGUGAAGAAGGCGAUCGACGUUUGUGGAAUGAUUAUUUCAGUGAAACUCCAACAUAUCCUGAAAAUCUAUUCCGACGAAGAUUUAGAAUGAACAAGUCAUUGUUCAUGCGUAUUGUUGAUCGACUUUCCAAUGAAGUUGAAUACUUUCGACAAAAGAAAGAUGCUCUCGGAAGGCUUAGUCUCUCUCCACUUCAGAAGUGUACGGCAGCCAUUCGUGUCUUGGCCUAUGGUUCUGCGGCUGAUGCUGUUGACGAAUACCUCCGACUCGGUGGCACGACAGUUCGGUUAUGUGUGGAACACUUUGUAGAAGGAAUAAUAUAUUUAUUCGGCGAUGAGUACUUAAGAAAACCAACACCAGCUGAUCUUCAACGUCUACUUUAUAUUGGUGAGCAACGUGGCUUUCCCGGGAUGAUAGGGAGCAUCGAUUGUAUGCAUUGGGAGUGGAAGAAUUGUCCCACCGCUUGGAAAGGUCAAUAUUCACGUGGUUCGGGUAAACCCACAAUAGUGUUAGAGGCGGUUGCUUCGUAUGAUUUAUGGAUAUGGCAUGCGUUUUUUGGACCUCCAGGUACUUUAAAUGAUAUCAAUGUUCUUGAUCGCUCACCUGUUUUUGAUGACAUAAUAAAAGGUCAAGCUCCGCAAGUUACUUUCUCUGUCAAUGGAAGAGAAUAUCAUUUGGCUUACUAUCUCACCGAUGGUAUUUAUCCGAAAUGGGCAACUUUUAUCCAAUCUAUUCCAAUACCACAAGGUCCGAAAGCGACUUUGUUUGCUCAACAUCAAGAAGCUGUCCGAAAAGAUGUCGAGCGUGCUUUUGGAGUCUUGCAAGCUCGAUUUGCCAUUGUCAAAAAUCCAGCACUUUUUUGGGAUAAAGAGAAAAUUGGGAACAUUAUGAGAGCAUGUAUCGUACUCCAUAAUAUGAUUGUAGAAGAUGAACGAGAUGGAUAUACUCUUCUUAAUCUUUCAGAGUUCCAAGAAGGAGAAGACACUGGAACUUCACAUGUCGAUCUCACGUAUUCUACAGAUAUCCCUUCAAAUAUCACCAAUAUGAUGGGUGUUCGAACUAGAAUUCGUGAUAGACAAAUGCAUCAACAACUCAAAGCUGAUUUGGUUGAACAUUUAUGGAGUAAGUUUGGACGUGAUGAAGACAACAACUGAGUUCGUGUGUUUCUUUCAAAUUAUUCUCAGUUAUUGUACUAAGCUUUAUUUUUAUGUUUUUUUUAAUAUCAAUGUUUUAAAUGUUAUCUUUUAAUAUGUUUUAUUUAAUAAAUAAAUUUUAUCUAAUUUUUU